AUGGCAUUAUCGCCAUCUGCGAAGAGGACCCUACUCGAUGUCGCGCUCGCCGUAGCCUCACAAGUGGCAUUAUGGUACACAAUAUCCCGCGUAAUCGACAUAUAUACCAAACCCACCGACGAGAAGCGGUCCGAGAAGUCCAAGGCGGGUGUCAGGAAUCUGGAGAGGUUAGGGCACAAAGGACUGGAACUGGACGAAUACGAGCGCGAAAUAGCGUCGGAAAUCAUUCACCCAGACGACAUGAACGUCCGCUUCUCCGACAUCGCCGGCUUAGAGGAUAUUAUCGCUUCGCUCCAGGAAUCCGUUAUCUAUCCGCUACUCUACCCUCAAAUAUUCCAAACCUCGACGCUACUGUCCGCGCCCAAGGGCGUCCUACUAUACGGCCCGCCCGGAUGCGGCAAGACUAUGCUCGCCAAGGCUUUGGCGAAGGAGUCUGGGGCGACCUUCAUCAACAUCGCCGCGAGCGUGUUGACGAACAAGUGGUUCGGCGAGAGCAAUAAGCUCGUCGCGGGCUUGUUCAGGCUAGCGAGGAAGUGCCAGCCGAGUAUCGUCUUCAUUGACGAGAUCGACUCGUUCUUGAGGGAGCGGGAUAGAGGAGACCAUGAGGCCACCGGGAUGAUGAAGGCCGAGUUCAUGACGCUUUGGGACGGCUUAUUAUCUGCAAACGACAGGAUACUGGUCCUUGGCGCUACCAACCGCAUGCAAGAUAUCGACCCCGCGUUUCUCAGGCGAAUGCCCAAACGCUUCCCCGUAUCACUACCGGAUGUCCAGCAACGCGAGAAGAUCUUACGAUUGAUGCUCAAAGACAUCCCUCUUGAACCGUCCUUCCCUCUGACCCACCUGGCCGAAUGCACGCCCCGAAUGUCCUCCUCCGACCUGAAAGAACUCUGCCGCAACGCCGCCAUGGUACCCAUACGCGAGUUCAUGAGGAAGAGCGGCGGAAACGUCGAAGUAAUGCAAGACGCGCAGGAGAAGGGCGUGCAGUUGCGACCGCUGACGCUCAGCGAUUUCGCGAAUCCGGAUGGGAUACAUAUCACGUUGCCGGAUCCUGUGGACUAG